AUGAUACCGAUAAUGAGUUCUGCUCCUCUAUCAACUCCGGCGCCGGUUACUCUGCCCGUCCGUACAAUUCCGGGCAGCUACGGAUUGCCGUUAUUAGGGCCAAUCGCCGAUCGAUUAGACUAUUUCUGGUUCCAAAAGCCCGAAAAUUUCUUCACCAAGAGAAUGGAAAAGCACAAAAGCACGGUUUUCAGAACGAACGUGCCGCCGUGUUUUCCGUUCGUAGGCAGUGUGAAUCCAAAUGUGGUGGCGGUUUUAGAUGUGAAAUCGUUUUCGCAUCUGUUUGAUAUGGAGAUAGUAGAGAAAGCUAAUGUGCUUGUUGGGGAUUUCAUGCCGAGUGUGGUUUAUACUGGAGAUAUGCGUGUUUGUGCUUAUCUCGAUACUUCUGAACCUAAACAUGCCCAGAUUAAGAAUUUUUCACUGGACAUUCUAAAAAGAAGCUCAAAAACAUGGGUGCCUACACUCCUUAAAGAGCUUGAUACAAUUUUUACAACUUUUGAAGCAGAUCUUUCAAAAUCAAAGGAAGCUUCUCUUCUUCCUGCACUCCAAAAAUUCCUCUUUAACUUCUUCUCCCUCACUCUCCUCGGCGCUGAUCCAUCAGUCUCCCCGGAAAUCGCCAAUUCUGGUUACAUCUUUCUUGAUUCAUGGCUAGCUAUUCAAUUAGCACCUACUGUCAGCAUUGGUGUUCUUCAACCCCUUGAAGAAAUUUUAGUCCAUUCUUUUGCAUACCCUUUUUUUCUUGUCAAGGGUAAUUAUGAAAAACUCGUUCAAUUCGUCAAAAAUGAAGCUAAGGAAGUGUUAAACAGGGCACAAACAGAGUUUCAGCUCACAGAACAAGAAGCCAUUCAUAACCUUUUGUUCAUUCUUGGGUUCAAUGCUUUUGGUGGUUUCACCAUUUUCUUGCCAACCCUUUUGGGGAAUCUUGGAGAUGAGAAAAACGCGGAGAUGCAAGAGAAACUGAGAAAAGAAGUGAGAGACAAAGUCGGCGUAAAUCCAGAAAACUUGAGUUUUGAAAGUGUUAAAGAAAUGGAACUUGUUCAGUCUUUUGUUUAUGAAACACUUAGGCUUACUCCACCAGUGCCAAGUCAAUAUGCAAGAGCAAGAAAAGACUUUAAGCUGAGCUCACAUGAUUCAGUUUACGAAAUCAAGAAAGGGGAACUACUUUGUGGUUAUCAGCCAUUAGUGAUGAAAGAUCCAAAGGUGUUUGAUGAACCUGAAAAGUUUGUGUUGGAGAGAUUUACAAAGGAAAAAGGGAAAGAAUUGCUGAAUUAUUUGUUUUGGUCUAAUGGUCCACAGACUGGGAGACCUACUGAAUCAAACAAGCAAUGUUCUGCUAAAGAUAUAGUUACUCUAACUGCUUCUUUGAUUGUGGCUUACAUUUUCCAAAAGUAUGAUUCUGUGAGUUUCUCAUCUGGUUCACUCAGAUCUGUGAAAAAAGCCAGUUGA